CAAACACUAAUAUCACCAUUUUUACCCCUCUGUGAAAUUUCAGCAGCUCACACCAAACAGAGAGUAAAUAGAAAAGCCUUUUUUCCCCAAUAUAGAAGAAGCUGCUCUUCCCCUUUCCUCGUCUUCCCACCACCACCCUCACCUUUCUCUCUCACACACUCACACACAAAAAGAGACAAUCCCAACUCUCACUCCACCUCAAGGCCCCACAAAUUCUCUCCUACCCUAACCCCUUAAACCCCGCAAACUUCCAUAAAUCUCUCUUGAUUUUUUUCCCUUUUUCAGCAAUGCCAGCUUCCUCAUCAGAGGCAAGGGCAAGGUGGAGAAAGCGGAAAAGGGAGCAAAGGGCUGCACGUAAAUCCAAGCUGAAAGAACUCGAGAAUAAUGAUGACAUGCUCGAGGAAAAUGAGGAUGAGGAAGACCCUGAUCUGGACCCGCCACAGAACCUUCUAGAAACUGAAGAUGUUUCUCACAGGGUAAAUCAGAUUUCUCGAGAGAAAGAGAGAGAAAAUCUAGCUGAUGGCGGACUGAGAAUUUGUGAGUUCCCAAUUGCGGUUAAGAGAGUGGUGAAUCGAGCUCACUCGUCUGUCUUUCGAAUUGUUGAGGCUGAGAGGGCUGCGAGGAAUGGGGAAAACGGAGGCCAAGGACAGGCUGGCGUGCCCUUUUUGGAAAAUAUUUCCUAUGGGCAGCUGCAGGCACUCUCUGCUGUGCCUCGUGAUAGCCCUGCUUUUGUGGAUGAGACUGAAAACGGGUCAGUUGUCAUCUCGCCACCUAAGAUAGUUGCGGGCAGUGGUGUUGCUAAACGGCUCGGGAGUGCGGGUCGUGUUCAUAUCGUGCCUGUACAUUCAGAAUGGUUCUUGCCGAAUUCCGUGCAUAGACUGGAGAGACAAGUGGUCCCACAUUUUUUCUCCGGAAAUUCCAUCGAGCACACACCAGAAAAAUACGUGGAAAAUCGCAAUCUCAUCGUUGCAAAAUACAUGGAAAACCCAGAAAAGCACUUAACUAUUGCCGAUUGCCACGGAUUAGUUUCUGGUAUAGAUACCAACGAUUUAGCCCGAAUAGUGCGUUUUCUUGAUCACUGGGGGAUUAUAAACUACUGUGCGGAUCCUCUUAAGCACGAGACACAUAAGGAAGGGACAUAUUUAUGUGAGGAUGCUAAUGGAGAACUCUGCGUGCCCUCUACUGCUUUGAAAUCUAUAGACAGCUUAAUCCAGUUUGAAAAGCCCAAGUGUAGGCUUAAGGCUUGCGAAGCUUAUCCAGAACUUGCGUGCCAAAGUGAACCGGACCCUGAUUUUGAUAUUACCAUCCGAGAGAAAUUGUCUGAACACGAAUGUUGUUUUUGUGGCCGGCGUAUUCCUAUGAUGUUCUAUCAGUCUCAGAAAGAGGUUGAUGUUGUGCUGUGCCUGGAUUGCUAUGACGAGGGAAGAUUUGUUGCGGGCCAUUCGAGCCUCGACUUUUAUAAAAUUAACUCCAUGAAUGAUUAUGGAGAUGCAGAUGGGGAUAAUUGGAGUGACCAGGAGACUUUACUGCUGCUAGAAGGAAUGCAAUUGCACAACGAAAACUGGAAUAAAAUUGCAGAGCAUGUGGGCUCAAAAUCGAAAGCACAAUGCAUUGUGCAUUUUGUCCAACUUCCUUUGGAUGGUGCUUCCUUGGAGAAUAUUGAUGUUGAAAAUACAUCCGAGUCCAAAUUGUUGGGCCAAGAUGAUGGCCACGAGAGAUUGGAAUCGAAUUCCAAUGGGUUUGGCGAGCAAGCAGAUGAUUCUGAAAACAAAUUUCCUUUUGCAAAAUCCGAAAAUCCAGUGAUGAAUCUGGUAGCAUUUCUUGCUUCGACACUUGGGCCAAGAGUAGCUGCUGCAUGUGCCCAUACAUCUUUAGCAUCGUUAUGCAAAGAUGACAGUAAGGAAGGGAGUCCACAUGGCGAGAUUACGAAUUCUAAUAAUAAAGGUUCUGGAAGCCAAAAUGACGAGCAGGCUGUUAGUUUAUCUGCUGAAAGAGUGAAGGCAGCUGCAAAAGAUGGUCUUGCAGCUGCUGCUGUGAAGGCAAAGCUUUUUGCCGAUCACGAAGAACGUGAAAUCCAGAGGUUAUCUGCUAAUAUCGUAAAUCAUCAGCUGAAGAGGUUGGAGUUAAAACUAAAGCAAUUUGCCGAAAUCGAGACGCUGCUAAUGAGAGAAUGCGAACAAAUGGAGAGAACAAGGCAGAGAAUCGCUUCCGAGCGGGCCCUCAUGUCCUCGGCCCAAUUCAUGCCUGGAGGAGCAUCCUGGCCCAUGGGCCCACCAAGCGCCAGCCCACUAACAACAGGAAACAGCAGCAGCCAGCAGCAAGUCCACCACAUGCAUACGAACAUGCACCACCAACAGGGAAUCUUUGGGCCCGGCCCAAGAUUCCCCCUUUCGACCAUGCAACCAUCAGCAUCAGCAUCUAAUUCAAAUUUCAACUCUGCUUGAACUCACAGCCGGCCCGAUGCUUAGGCCCGUGACCCGGACGAAAUCCGGAUUAUAGGAUGUCUUGAUUAUAAAGAGGGCUGUUUGGAUUAUUUGUUUGAAGGGAGAGCAAUUUGGGUUUGGAAAAUGUAUUUGUGCUAUACUGAUUUUUGUUGCAAGGCAUUGAUAAAAUUGGUGAAUGAGAACAAGUGGUGUUUUAGUAGGGAAGAGUGUAUUCUUGAGAUGUACAGUCGAGCUGUUAAACAAAACGAGCCGCGCUUGUGAGCCAUGCUCGGGUUGACUCGUUUAAUUAACAAGUCAAGCUUCAAAUUGAGAUCGAGUUCGAUAAUAAGCGAAAAGAUUAUUUUUUAUAUAA